GUCCGCUGCGACAACAUUUUUCUUCUCAACUUGGUCCGUUUUCUUCUUCAACGACGUUUUCCUUCAGAUAACAGCUGCUUUCAUCUCACCAUGACUCGGAGGUGAUCUUCAGAGUGUCCGGGUGGUUCUGGGGUUCCAGGUUGGUGUGGUGAGAGAGCAAGCUAACUACGGGGUGGAGCACUGCCUGGGGCAUUUUGUCCCUGGCUGUCAAGUGACUAAGGAAGGGGCUUGGCAAACUGUUCUGCAGCAUGGAGAAGGAAGAUAUAAAGGUCCUCAACAAGGGGGACGAGGAGGAGAUGGAGCUGCAGGGCUACCGUCUGUGCCGUUGGCGGUUGGCCCUCGUGGGCCUCGGGGUGCUGUGUACAGGGGGCUUCCUCCUCCUGCUGCUCUACUGGAUGCCAGAGUGGUGUGUCAAAUCCACCUGCACCCGUACCACAGCCCGUGAUGCGGAAGUGGUGUUGCUGCGCUCCACGGAUGAGUUCCGGCGCUGGUUCCUGGCUAAGGUUCGAGUGAUGCUGGCCCCGGGGAGCAACCCCUUCCACAGCCUGGAGACCCAGACCACCUCCCCCUCCUCCCCUUCCUCUCCCUCCUGCCCCUUGUCCCCUGACUCCACCUCACUGGCCAACGGACACACCCCUCACGCCUCUGAUAGCAGCCCCGCUGAGGAGCUCAUCAGAAGAUUCGCCGAUUACCAGCCCACACAGAUUCGCUAUUUUACCUUCCAUAGCACAAAGUAUUAUUGGAACGACGAGGUGCAGAACUUUGAGGUUUUAAAUGGCCUGGAGGAUCUGCAGGUCAGCUGCUCGACCCUCCACUCGGAGCACAGUGCAGGCCUGACCAGGAACCAGCAGGAGUACAGGAAACUGUUCUUCGGAGUGAAUGAAAUUGCAGUGAAAGUGCCUUCUGUUUUCAAGCUGCUUAUCAAAGAGGUCCUCAAUCCUUUCUACAUCUUCCAGCUCUUCAGUGUGAUCCUGUGGAGUGCCGAUGAGUAUUACUACUAUGCUGUGGCCAUUGUUUUCAUGUCGGUCAUAUCCAUAGCUACCUCUCUGUACACCAUCAAAAAGCAAUACGUCAUGCUUCAUGAUAUGGUGGCAGCUCACAGUAUUGUCCGUGUGUCUGUAUGCCGAGCCAACAACGAUAUUGAAGAGAUUUUGUCUACUGACCUGGUGCCUGGGGAUGUGAUCGUCAUCCCCAGCAAUGGGACCAUAAUGCCAUGUGACGCCGUGCUGGUCAGCGGCACCUGCAUUGUCAAUGAAAGCAUGCUCACAGGUGAGAGCGUUCCCGUGACAAAGACCAAUCUCCCAAACCCGGUGCCAGGUGAGAGGGGGGAGGAGGCUGACGGUGCCUACAGCACAGAGGAGCAUAAGAGACACACACUCUUCUGUGGCACCCACGUCAUCCAGACCCGUUUCUACACAGGCGAACUAGUCAAGGCUGUGGUGGUCCGCACAGGUUUCGGCACAGCCAAAGGCCAGCUGGUGCGCUCCAUACUUUACCCCAAACCUACCGACUUCAAGCUGUACCGUGAUGCCUACCUCUUCCUGUUAUGUCUGGUGGCUGUGGCUGGAAUCGGAUUUGUCUACUCCAUCGUCCUCAGCAUCAUGAACAAGGUUCCAGCAAAGACCAUCAUCAUUGAGUCCCUGGACAUCAUCACCAUCACUGUGCCACCUGCGCUGCCAGCUGCCAUGACAGCUGGUAUUGUGUACGCCCAGCGACGCCUCAAACACAUUGGCAUUUUCUGCAUUAGCCCACAGAGGAUUAAUAUUUGCGGGCAGAUCAAUCUGGUCUGCUUUGACAAGACUGGAACUCUUACAGAAGAUGGAUUAGAUUUAUGGGGAGUCCAAAGAGUUGAGAAUGGCAGUUUCCACCUGUCAGAGGAAAAUGCCUACAAGGAGAAUCUGGUCAAGACCCAGUUUGUGGCUUGCAUGGCCACCUGCCACUCUCUCACCAAAAUAGAGGGCCAGCUGUCUGGAGACCCAUUGGACCUCAAAAUGUUUGAGGCUACAGGCUGGAUCCUGGAGGAGGCCACUGAGGAGGAAACGGCUCUUCACAACCGUAUCAUGCCAACUGUGGUUCGACCCCCAAAGCAGCUGUUGCCCCCAGAACCUGCUGUAUCCCCAGAACAGGACAUGGAACUUUAUGAGCUGUCGUCAGCGUAUGAGAUAGGUAUCGUGCGCCAGUUCCCUUUUUCCUCAGCACUCCAGAGGAUGAGUGUGGUGGCUCGUCUGCUGGGGGAAAAACGUAUGGAUGCCUACAUGAAGGGGGCACCAGAGGUGGUGGCGAGUCUCUGCAAGAAAGAGACAGUGCCAGACAAUUUUGCAGAGGUUUUGGAAAGCUAUACCAAGCAGGGUUUCAGGGUCAUAGCUCUGGCUCACCGUCGUCUUGAAUCGAAAGUCUCCUGGCACAAAGCCCAGAACAUUAGCAGGGAUCACAUUGAGAAAAACAUGGAGUUCCUGGGUCUGAUUAUCAUGCAGAACAAGCUGAAAACAGAAACCCCAGGAGUACUGCAAGACCUCCACCGAGCCAACAUCCGCACUGUCAUGGUUACCGGUGACAACAUGCUGACAGCCAUCUCGGUGGCUCGAGACUGUGGAAUGAUCCCUCCACAGGACACAGUUAUAAUUGCAGAUGCCCUACCCCCCCAUGACGGACAGUCCGCCAAAAUCAUCUGGAGAUACGCCGACAAACCAAGCAAGACAUCUCGCCUGGAGGAAAUAAACAUCAGCCUGGAGGACGUGUGUCAUGUAGACGAGCCCAAAAGGCAAGAGCUGUAUCACUUUGCUAUGAAUGGAAAAUCAUUUGCGGUCAUUGCAGAGCAUUUCACCGACAUGCUUCAAAAGCUGGUGCUGCACGGGACAGUGUUUGCCAGGAUGGCCCCGGAUCAGAAAACCCAGCUCAUUGAGGCGCUGCAGGGUGUAGACUACUUUGUGGGUAUGUGCGGAGACGGAGCAAAUGACUGCGGGGCUUUAAAGAGGGCUCAUGGUGGCAUCUCUCUGUCAGAGCUUGAGGCUUCUGUCGCCUCUCCCUUCACCUCCAGGACGCCUAACAUCUCCUGUGUCCCCAGCCUCAUCAGGGAGGGUCGUGCUGCUCUUAUAACUUCCUUCUGUGUGUUCAAGUUCAUGGCCCUCUACAGCAUCAUCCAGUAUAUCAGUGUCACUCUCCUUUACUCUAUUCUUAGUAACCUUGGAGACUUCCAGUUCCUCUUCAUUGACAUUGCCAUCAUCCUCCUCAUUGUCUUUACCAUGAGUCUGAACCCAGCGUGGAAAGAGCUGGUGUCACGUCGUCCCCCAUCAGGUCUGAUCUCAGGACCUCUGCUGUUCUCUGUGCUGACGCAGAUUCUCAUCUGCUUGGGCUUCCAGACCAUUACAUUCCUUUGGGUCCGACAGCAGCCCUGGUACACGGUCUGGACACCGCUUUCCGAUGUCUGCAACCAUUCAUCGCACAUUAACAUGUCUGACCUCAACGACACAGAAUUGGACGACCACAACAUCAAAAAUUUUGAGAACACCAGCCUCUUUUAUGUGUCCUGCUUCCAGUAUCUCAUUGUUGCCAUUGUCUUCUCAAAGGGCAAACCAUUCAGACAGCCUAGCUACAAAAAUUGGCCUUUUGUGCUAUCUGCUGUGGGUUUGUACGCUUUCCUGCUGUUCAUCAUGUUCCAUCCUAUUGAAAGCAUUGAUAAGUUUCUAGAGAUUGUUUGUGUUCCAUUUGAAUGGAGGCUAAAACUCUCCUUGAUCAUCUUAGUCAAUGCUGCUGUGUCUGUUGUGGUAGAGACCUUCAUCAUUGACAUCGUCUUAUGGAAGCUUGUGUUCAGCCGAGACAAACAGGGCAGCUUUGUCGACACUCCUGCCGCCCCGACACCACAGGGGGGCAUAGACCUGCGGGCAUACAAGUGUCUGUCCUGGGUGUGCUGUCCACGCAAGAUGACACCCAAGGCUCGCUACAUGCAUCUGGCCCAGGAGCUCAGUGUUGACCCCGACUGGCCACCAAAGCCAACCACCACUACUGAAGCCAAGCCCUGCCCAGAAAAUGGUUCCGCCUAUCAAAUCAUGAUCAACUCCUAGCAUCCACAACGUCCCUCCCAGUAUCCAAUACCCGCUUCAUACAGGAGACAUGACCAUGACACGUUUGGUGAACGCACAUUCAAUCUAUUCAUAUGAAACUGUCACAGGCUUUUUACUUGUUACUGUUCAGAAGCUCGCAUCUAAUACUGUAGUUCCAGAGACAUUACUGCAAAAACCAGAGACUUACACAUAAAUACCAAAUAAAGUUAAGUUUCUGUUAUCUCUGAACUCUUGCUCUCUCUGGCUUGCCCACUCGUGCGCCCUCAGGUCUCUUACUUACAUCAGUAAAAUUAAAUUCCCAUCGCUUAUAGCAAGGCCUGUUCACCUAGGCUGAACAACAUCCGACUCAUAGGCGCGUUGAGAAGCCAGGUCAGAUUAGCGUGUUGACCAAGAAUUUAAUACCCGCCUGACUUUGUCUGUCUAGAAGGGGUAUAGAGGGGCAAUAGAGACUUGAGUCUAUUUCAGAGCUAGCCUCUGACAUACAUGUGCUGUCAGGAACAUCAUAGGAAGUGUAGGUCUUGUGCCAGAAGAUUUCUGUCAUACAAUUGUUAAAAAUACUGAGAUUAAGAGGGUUGUUUGACACAGACUCUGGAUUUUGAGGGAAAUUACUUUAAAAAGAGGUUCCACUUAAAAACUGAGCUUUUCAAACAGUGGUGAAUACUGGAAAGAUUUGGAGGUGGUCAUUGUCUGAUCUGUAGCAGCAAAAAUGUAAAUCUUCAUAUUUUUGUGCAGUCACCACCGCACAAUUAAGCCCUUCAUUUAGUGCAUAACCUUUGUUGUGGGCAGUGCAGGCUCGGAUUGCUACUAUGUAGUGGUCUUAUACAGUUAAUAUACUGUACAUACAUGUUGUUUUAAUGAGUUUGCAUAACCACCUGGCAAGCACUCAUUAGAAAGCAUAGAUUUAUAACCAAAAAUAAAAAUUCACCAUAGACCCCCAGUGAUGAAUAAAAUGACUAAUGACUUAUUUGUAUUCAAAUAAUCUGUCAAGCACACUGUACAUUGCAGCAGAUUAGGAGUCUUUGAAUGCUUGCAAUCAACAGACUGAAGUU